AUGCUGGAGUCACUUGCUGCCACCCUGUUGAAUCGGGUGCUUGGCUCAUACGUGGAGAAUUUUGAUCCAGCGCAACUAAAUGUCGGGAUCUGGUCUGGGAAUGUGGAGUUGCAAGAUUUGAAAUUGAGGGGAGACUGUUUGGACUCACUUGAACUACCUUUAGAGGUCGAAAACGGGGUACUGGGGUCUUUAGUACUUAGUGUACCCUGGUCUAAUUUGAAGAACAAGCCUGUGAAGAUUAUUAUUAACGACUGUUACCUGCUUGUGAAACCGAGCUUGUUCUCAUAUAAUGAAUCUGAAGAGGCUGAAAGAGAGUUAAAAUUGAAAUUGAAGAAGCUGAUGCAAUGGGAAUUGAACAAUCAGGCUAGACAAGCCGUUUCUGGUGCAGGUGAUGAUGCAUUGUCAGCGCAGAACGAAUCAUUCAUGCAGUCUCUGAUUACGAAGAUCGUUGAUAACCUGCAAGUCAUCAUCAAAAAUAUCCAUAUAAGGUAUGAAGAUACAACGUGCGUGUUUUCGAAGACACCAGCAGCAAUUGGGUUUACUUUGGCAGAGUUAUCUGCAGUCUCGACGAAUGAAAAUUGGGAACCGAGUUUCAUAGAGAUUAGACAAUCGUUAACCCAUAAGCUGCUUACAUUGGAUUCGUUGGGGGUUUACUGGGACACUGACGCGCGAGAGGUUUUCUGUGCGGAGGAGGAUGAUGAUGUAACCCAAUUCAAGGAUAAGUUCAGCAACUUAAAGAACCCCGAGCAAUACCUCUUAAAGCCCGUCUCGGGUACAGGGAAAUUGAGUAUUAAUAAACUGGGCACUACUGAGACUCAGUCACAUGUAUCGUUACAGCUGGCGUGCAAAGAAUUUGGGAUUGAACUAGAUGAUAAACAGUACGCAGAUCUGUUAACCACAAUUUCUAACACACAUUUCCAGAAGCAGACUGAGAAAUUCAAGACACAGAGACCUACUUUCACGCCUGGAGAAAAUCCAAGGAGCUGGUUCCAAUACAUCGCAAAGUGCGUAUUUCAUGAAGUUAAACAGAAAAACAAAAUGUGGACUUGGGAUCGCAUCAAAACUGUCUGUUCCAGUAGGAGGGAAUACGUGAGAUUGUGGAUUGAAAAAUUAAAGCUGCCUAAUUUGGAGGAAAAGUUACCAAAUAAAGAUGAUGAAACGCGCUUACAACAGUUGCAUGAAUUAUUGAGCUACGAGACAAUCAUUAUUUUUAGAAUGCUUGCCAAGAGAGAAAGCGCUAGAAUGAAAUUAAGUUCGGAAGGUACUUCAACGAAGAAAGACACCGCAUCGGUAACUAAGGGAUCCCAAUCUAAAGCGGCAUCCACUCAUAAAGGCUGGUUAUCUUCUUGGUGGAAUUCUGGGAAGGACACACCUACCGUCCAAGAUACAGAACUUGUCAUGACAAAGGAACAGAGACAAGAACUUUAUGAUGCCAUUGAGUUUAAUGAGUUUGAAAUGGAUAAAGGUAUUGUCGAUUCGCAAGUUCCAAAUCAUUACAUCACUUGGCAUUUGGUUGGUGUUUUAGAAAAGGGUUAUCUGGGCUUGAAAAAGGAUAAUCAAAAGUUGGCGCAGGUCAUUUUCCAGCACUGUGAACUGGACUUUUGCAAAAGACCAAACUCCUACUUGGCAUCUUUCAACUUGAAUCAGUUUAAUGUUGAGGAUCAAACUGCCAAAAGUUUAUACAAGCAUAUCGUGAGUCCUAAAGCAGUUGAUGGUGCUACGAGUGACCGACUUUUCAAUAUUGAGUACGAAUCAAACCCCUUGUCAAAUAUUGCUGACGCUAGGUUAGAUUUAAAGCUGUUGGGUACCACUGUGUUUUAUCACGUCUAUUUCCUUGCUGAGGUAAUGAAGUUCUUUCAACCGAAGCAGCAGCAUAUGGACACCAUAGGAGCCAUCAUCAGCGCUGCAGGGGCAACUGUGGAUGGAUGGACAACACAAACCAGAAUGGGUAUUGAAUCUCUACUGGAAGAUCAUAAAACAUUGGCUUUGAAUCUUGAUUUACAAGCUCCAUUGAUUAUCCUUCCUGUUGAUCCCCGUAUUUGGGACUCGCCGUGUAUUGUUAUUGAUGCUGGUCAUAUUUCAAUGAUAAGUGACGUUGUGCCGAAAGAAAAGAUUAACAGUAUCAAGCAACUGUCGGUUCAAGAAUAUGAUAGUAUUGAUGACAACGAGAUUAACAGGCUGAUGUUUGAUAGGUACCAUAUUACAUCCCAGGAUACGCAAAUUUUAGUUGGGACAAGCGUAGAGUCCACACUGUCCAGUUUGGCUGAUAAUGAUACUUUUUGUGUUUUGAACAAAAUGCAAUUAGACAUUACUUUAGAUCUUUCUAUUUUACCAAAGGCCCAUAAGUUACCCAAGAUUAAAAUUUCAGGUCACUUACCAAAACUUACAUUGGCCUACAAUGACUAUCAGUACAAAAUUAUAAUGGACUUUAUAGCGCAUUGUGUCCCAGAGUUGGAUGACUUUGGUAUUGUGGCCCAGCAUAGUAACGUCUCUGAUGAUGUUAUGGAUCAAAAAAUUGAUCAAGCAAGGCUAGCAGAGACUUUGAAACUUAUGGGGAAUGUCUCAGAGUUAGAGCUUUUACAGAAAAAGCUGAAUGUAACUUUUGAGGUUGAUGAGAUAAAGUUUUCGAUGUUGAAGUGCAUAGACACACAAUCAAUGGAAUGUAAAAAGCUUGCUGAUCUUGCAGGUACAAGGUUCAGGUUCAAUUUCGUGAAAACCUUGAAAGGUAUGGACCUUGAUAUUAGUGCACAUUCUUUAGACGUCGAAGACUACAUUGAGAACAGCUCUGUUUCAGAAUUCAAAAAGUUGAUUUCUUCAGAUGUGGAAGGACAUGGGGAAGAAGAUGAUCUUUUUUCGUUACAAUAUAACAGGACACAGAGAAUUGUAACCCAUAACUCAACUUACAUUGAACUGUUUGAUCAGAACUUGGACAUUAACAUGACCAAACUUAAGUUAGUUAUCACGCCAAAGUCCAUUUUAACCUUACUCAAUUACUCUGUUUUUACCUUUACUACCCCGCAGGUGGAAGAAUUGCCUGCAGAUGCCUUAAAACACAAUGUGGAAGGCAAAGACGAUUCUCCUCAAAAGUUAAAUUUGAAUAUCAAUAUGGAAGGUUUGUUCAUAAUUUUGAAUGAUGAAGGCACAAAACUAGCGACACUAGACCUGUCAGCUGGUAAGCUCAGAAUAUUGCUGUUGCCAGAAAGCAUGAAGGUCGAUAUGACGUUAGAUGGGCUAGAUCUCACAGAUGAGGUGAUCCAGAACAGAAGCCGCUGCUCUCCUGUUAGAAAGCUGAUUUCCAUGGAUGGUGACCAAUUGAUAGAGCUACAAUAUGAAAGUUUUGAUUCUGAAACCAACCAGAGAAAUUAUGAUUCCCUGUUCAAGUGUGUAACUGGUUCAAUGUUUGUCAAUUUUAACGAUGCGGCCAUAAACAGGAUAUUAAAAUUUGUUUACAAGUUCCAAAAAAUGAAGUCGUACUUUGACGCUGUUAGACAAGCAGCAUAUAGUCAAGUUCCUACAAUUGAAACGGUAAAAAAUAUGAAAUUAGAUGUUCUGAUAAAAUCACCCAUUGUUCAGUUUCCAAAAGAGAGAGACGUCAAACUAAACUUGUCGGACGUGAUCAAGUUUUAUUUGGGUGAACUUUUUAUUCAAAACGAGUUUAUCACUGAUUCAAAUGGUUCAAAACUGAAUAGAAUCAACGCAGGUUUGAGAGAUGGUCAAAUCUCAUCAAGUUUGUAUCUGGAAAACGGGUUAACUCAAGAACUGAGUUUAGCAGAAGGGAUGAGCGUUGUCUUCGAUAUAAUGCAUAACACGCAGAAAACAGACCUCAACUCCGCGGAAUUUGAUGUGGAUGGUCGUGUUGAAGAGCUGUCACUAAAUGUCACUGAAUUACAGCUGCAGUAUCUGUAUCAAAUUGUCGAUAAGGUAUCUCGCACCUUUACGGUAGAUGAUGUGGAGCCUGUACAGAUAUCACCACAAGACCUGGACCUAGAUAUUAAUUCUCCCACACCUAUUAAGAUGCCUUCGGAAAGUAUAUCAAAUACGCCAUCCGAUAAGGUUCCACCUGAGAGCGGCGCAAAAAGUUGCCAUUUGAAUCUCUCUUCACCUGGUAUAUCCCUAACAUUGUAUGAUAAUACGUCACAAGUCACUUCGAUCGAGGAAUCCAGUAUCACAAGAGUCACCUUUCAGGAUAUGGCAUGCGUUUACGACGUUCAGAGCGAUGGUACCUCCUCAGGUGAAGCUUAUAUCGCAGCUUUCAAACUGGAAGAUACCCGUGAGACGAAGGAUAGUAAGUAUACUGAACUGAUCCCUAAAAUGAGCAAAGAAGGAAAUCAGUUUUCUGCCGUCCUUUCUAGAAAGUGGAUUGAAAGUGGUCUUUUGACAAACUUGUCAGUAACAAUCAACAGUCCACGUUUUAUCUUGGCAAUGGAUCAUAUGAUGGCACUAAAAAGAUUCUUUGAUAUCAUUUCCGCUCCGAAGACCUCUCUGGAAACGGCUGAAAACACCAAGAUUAAUCCUGCACCAAUGGUUGAAAUGAGAGAAGAGCAUACCUAUAGACUGUUCCAAUACUCACUUAAUGUUGUUGAUUCGGCUUUUUUACUACUGGCCGAUCCCUCGGACAUCAAUACGGAGGCAGUCGUUUUUAGUGUAGGGCAAUUUUUGUUUACAGAGCAAAAUAUUACAACUCUUUCAGCUAACAACAUAGGUAUGUUUUUGUCGAAGAUGAACACUACGGAGGAGCACGUCAUUAGAUUAUUAGAUGACUUCUCAACUUCUGUAACAAUUGACAAAAGAAAUUCUACCAAAGAAAGGUUGCUCACCGAUAUUCGUGUCUCGCUAGAACCAAUCAUUAUGCGUAUCUCUUUGAGAGAUAUAAGACUGGCAAUGUUGAUAUUUAACCAUGCUGUUUCAUUGUGGAAUGAGUACAACAAGAGCCUUGGACCAGGUGAUGAGGAUGACCAAAAACCGAAACGACCAGCCAUGUUUUCCAAAGAGUUUGAAAGGAAAUUGAUGAAAUACGCACCAACUUUGAAUACCAUUGAAAGUGUUGAGUCUGAUCAAAUUAGUGCAUAUGCCAAUGACCCUGAUAUUCGGUUGAAGGGUGAAACUUUGACUGCCGAUUUCGGCGGCUUUAGAAUGAUUUUACUCGGUGACGUUCAUGAAAUGCCUAUUUUGGAUACAAACAUCAAUUCGUUCACUCUGGGGGCCAAGGACUGGUCUACAGAACUUGAUGGGAUGACUACAAUGGAAACAUCUGUAAAUAUUUUCAAUUACUCCAGAUCCAGUUGGGAGCCACUAAUAGAGCCAACCAACAUUUCUUUCCACUUGUCAAAGGGAUGGAACGCAAACUCGACCAUUGUUUUAGAUGCUAUAACGAGGGAAGUAACGGAAAUUACCUUGUCGUCCCGAUCUAUUGCUGCCUUAUCAAAUAUUCCUGGUUCGCUUAACAGUGAGCUCCGUUUAACUCCCAGAGGCUCCAAAAAGCCAUAUAUGCUAGUCAAUGAUGUUGGGUUUGAUCUUUUGGUUUGGAUCAAAACUGAAGAUGAAGAGGAGAGGAAAAACCUCACGACCUUGAAGAAUGGAGAAAGUCUUCCUUGGGAGUUUGAAGAUUGGAUGAGCAUUAGACAACGGUUAGGCACGGAUAAUAAGAAAAGUAUUCUGAAUGUUGCAGUAGCCAACGAGGCUUACAGUACUGUACUAACCAUUGAUGCAACUGGUGAAGGUGAAGACCUCUACGUUCUAAAACCUGCUGUAAAUCAUGUUCACCGAAGGGUAGUUUGCGAUUUGAAAUGUAGCGAGGAUAACGUCAAAGUGAUAACUUUUAGAUCGACGCUGCUGCUCGAAAACGCCACUUGCACCAGACUCCAAAUCAAGGUAGACUCUCCAGAGUGUACAUCCCCAACAUUUCUGACAAUUGAGCCGUCUUCGAGCCAUUCGAUCCCCGUGGAAUAUGCGUACAGCUGCAAAUUAUUCUUCAGGCCUAGUAUCGAACCAGACUAUGGCUGGUCAGAAGAGGGAGUAUCCUGGACUGAGCUUUUGACAAAGCCUGUCUCACUUGAGUGUGUGUCUGGAUCAUCCUCACUCAGAAAGUUUUAUCUCGAGCUGAACGGCAAAUAUGACUCGAACGAGCCGUUGGCCAAGAUUUUCCCUCACAUGAAGAUUAUAAUCUCUCCAUCACUGAUCAUUGAAAAUAUGUUGCCAUUCGAUAUGAACUACAGUAUCGUAUCCAAAAGGGCUGAUAUGAAAAACUUCUCUUUAUUGAAAAAAGCUGAUAAGGUGUCAGUUCAUAGCGUUUCCCUAGAUGAAUUCCUUUUGUUGUCUGUUCAACCUCAUAUUGAAGGUUGUGAUAAAUCUAAACCGUCAAUUGUGAAUACACCAAAGAAAACCUCUUUGCAGCCUGAAAACAUUCUUGCGGUCGACAUUGGAAAUGGUCAGCGGUUGACGUUGAUGAUAAAAUAUCAGAGUAUUGAAGGGUCUAGGGCAAAAGUACUGAAAAUUUAUUCACCUUAUAUUAUUCUGAACGGAACCGACAGAGAUCUUUACAUUGAGGGUGCGAAUUUUAACGUUGCUCAUUCUAAAGUUCUGAUCCAGGAAAAGGAUGAAACGAAAAAGUACACUCAACCUUUGAUGUUUUCGUUCAACUCGUCGCAUAGCAGCAGUAACAGAGCAAGAAUAAAAUUCAAGGAUACAGACUGGAGUGUACCGCUAUCUUUUGAUGCCAUCGGGCAAUCCUUUGAUGGUACUUUGAAUGACCUCAAUAAAUCCCGUGAAUCCAAUGUGGGUAUCAACAUCUCUGAAGGUCUUGGGAAAUACUACCUGAGUAAGAUCAUCAACAUCAAGCCUCGUUAUAUGGUACAAAACGAUCUUGAUUUUGCAAUUGACAUAUGCGAGUUGGGCUCUUCUGACAACAUCCGCCUCGGACCUGGUAGCAUGCUUCCAUUGUACAAUCUCAGGAAUGUUUUGAACAAGCAGUUGAUGAUUAAGACACUGGGAUUUGAUGCGGAGUGGUCUGCGCCGUUCUUCAUGAAGGACAUAGGCCUGACAUAUUUAAAGUUGUUGACGGAGGAAGGUACUCACAUGCUGCUUAAAUUGGAGAUUGUUUUACAAGAGGCUACUGUUUUCGUCAAGGUUACAUCUGGUGAUGAGAUAUGGCCAUACUCGAUUAGAAACUUUAGUGACUACGAGUUUAUCUUUUACCAGAGGGAUGUCAAGCUUGUUGACGAGCACUACGACGAUUCGAAUGCUUCUGAUGCAUUGAAGGAGGUAGAAUUCAAGCCUUUGUACUACAGGGUGCCUCCCAGGUCUGUAAUGCCGUAUGCGUGGGAUUAUCCUACGGCGAGGCAAAAGAAAUUGAUAUUGACGUCUGGUGGGCGUAAAAGAGAGAUUCAACUGGCGGAGAUCGGGAACUUAAAACCGAUGAGGAUACCUUCGAGUUCAAUGGAUGCGGAUGGGAAGCCCUCCGUGGUGGACUUGAAUGUAGUCGCCGAUGGUCCCACACAGGCGUUGAUGAUUACCAAUUAUGAUCCGCAGUUGUCCCUGUACAAGUUGAAAAAGAAGGGUGGUUCUGUGAAUAUGCGGUCUUCUGCAUCGUUACAGACUACUAUGGAUGCCUUUGAGACUGAGGAGGCGAAUAGUGAGGAUGAGAAAUUGUUUACCAAAGUUGUGGUUUCCUUUAAAGGGUUGGGUAUAUCGUUGAUAACUGCUGAUUUGAAGGAGAUAAUGUACGUGAACGUUGGUGGGAUUGAAGUUAGGUAUAACGAUUCCGAGUUGUACAAGACAGUAUCGUGGAAAGUGAAGUGGUUCCAAAUUGAUAACCAAUUGUACGAUGCUCUUUACCAGAACAUUUUGUACCCUGCGACGAUCCCUAACACGACAAAGGAUCUUGAGAACCAUCCUGUAGUGUCUGGUUCUGUGUCGCGGGUCAAGGACGACUCGUACGGUGUCCCCUAUUUCAAGCAUUUGACGUUCCUAUUACAAGAGUUUGCUAUCCAGUUGGACGAGCAGUUCAUCUAUGCUUUAAUCAACUAUUUGAAAUUCCCUGGCGCGUCAUGGAACAACAAGGACGCUGGAGAUAGUUCCAUUUGCGAUACUGUGACAUUACCGCACAUCAAGGAGGUAUCGUUUGCGAACGAUGUAUAUUUUGAAGUGUUCCAUUUGCAACCUACUUUGUUACACCUGUCGUUUAUGCGUAGUGAUCAAAUCGACGCUGAGUCUAAGAUUGAGACCCCUGAGAUCACUAACGCUUUGACAUCGAUGUUUUUCUUGAACGUGUUGACGAUGACCGUGGGGAACGUGAACGACGCUCCUAUCAAGUUGAACUCACUGCUUCUGGACAACGUCCGUGUGCCCAUGCCCCUCUUGUACGAGAACAUCAAGACGCACUACGCUCAGCAGUUCUUCUACCAGAUCCACAUGAUCCUUGGGUCCGCUGAUUUUCUGGGGAACCCAGUUGGGUUGUUCAACACGAUCAGUUCCGGUGUAUGGGACCUUUUCUACGAGCCCUACCAGGGGUACACGUUGAACGACCGGCCCCAGGAGAUCGGGAUCCAUAUUGCGAAAGGUGGACUCUCCUUUGCCAAGAAGACCGUGUUCGGGAUCUCAGACUCGAUGGCGAAACUGACGGGGUCUGUCGCCAAGGGUUUGUCAGUGACACAGGACGCACAAUUCCAAGAGGCCCGUCGUCUACAACAGCGUAAAGCUCGUGCUGGUGGUGGCGGUGGUGCGGCCGUGGCCCCCGGUGCAGGGUCCCUCGGCCCCGCGAACGGAGUGUUUGGCAACACAGCCACCUCCUUCGUGAACACUAUCGGCAGCGGUCUCUCCGGCCUUGCACUGGACCCAAUCCGAGGUUCUCGGCAAGAAGGCACAGCCGGUUUCUUCAAAGGUGUGGGCCGCGGGAUCGUAGGUCUACCCCUAAAGACAGCAAUCGGGAUCCUUGACCUGACAAACAACAUCAGCCAGGGCGUCAAGAGCACCGCGACGGGGACAGGCCCAGGCGGUGGGCCCGUCGGCGGCGUUGGAAACGGCCGCGCACGACUACCGCGGUUCGUGGACCCACACGAGCAAAUCAUCGUGCCCUACGACCUGCGCGCCGCGCAGGGACAGUACUGGCUCAAGACAAGCAGCGGAGGGCUCUACUUGGGCGACCACUACUUGGCGCACACAGUACUCCCGGGGGCAGAACUCUGCGUUGUUAUUUCGCUAGAGAGAAUCGCAGAGGUCAACAUCGCGCAGCAAGAUGUCGUCUGGGGGGUCGCGUACCCAGCGGUCCAGGCGAUCACCGCAGAGGACGGCGGGCUGCGUCUGAGACUCAAGACCCAGUCCGAGUACUUCAUCCCGGUCAGCGACCCACGUGAGCGCAGGGCGCUCUACGGUCACGUGCGCGUCGCGGUGCUGCGGUUCAACCGCUUGUGCGAGGCCGUUUUGUGA